AUGUUCUUUUUAAUUUUAUUUCUCUUUAUUGGCAAAAUAUCAGGAAUUUCGUAUAGUCAACCAAAUUUCUCUUUUAAUGCAUUAUGGAAUCCAAAUGGAACAACAAUUCUUAAUGAAACUUUCAUUGGAUUUGAUCUUUUAGAUUUUUUUAUCGAUCAAAAUAAUACAUUUUAUAUUCCAAAUCGAAAUACAGGACAAAUUCUUCUUUUUUCACAAAGAAAUUUAACAAAAACUAUUUCUAUAAAUUUAACAAAUUCAUCAACAAUAUUUGUAAAAACUAAUGGAAAUAUUUAUGUUGAUACAUUUUAUUCAAUUUAUGGUGGAAUUAGUGAAAUUAAAUAUAAUAUGAUAAUAAAUCCAAUUAAAAGAAUGAAUUUAUGUCAACAAUGUUUUGAUUUAUUUGUUACUGAAAAUGAUAUUCUUUAUUGUUCAUUUACGGAACGUCAUCAAAUUCUUGCUAAAUCAUUAAUUAAUAAUUGGAAUCUCUUAUUAAUUGUUGCAGGAACAGGUACACAAGGUUCAACAUCAACAACACUUCGAUAUCCUCAUGGAAUAUUUGUUGAGAAUUUAACAUCAAAUUUAUAUGUUGCUGAUUGUGGAAAUGAUCGAAUACAAUUAUUUCAAUCAGAAAAAUUAACUGCUAUAACAAUUGUUGGAAAUGGAUCAAUAAAUAUAACAAUUAAUCUUAAUUGUCCAACAGCAAUUAUUUUAGAUACGAGUAAAUAUUUAUAUAUUGCUGAUUCCGGUAAUAAUCGUAUUAUUGGUCAAGAAAUCAAUGGUUUUAGUUGUUUAAUUGGAUGUUCAAAUUCAUUUGGUUCAGCAUCAAAUCAAUUGAAUCAACCGUUGAGUCUAAGUUUUGAUAAUUCAGGAAAUAUUUAUGUUAAUGAUCGAGGAAAUAAUCGAAUACAAAAAUUUAAUUUAAUUCGCCCUGAAUGUUUCUCUUAUAUAACAAUUAAUGAUCCAUCACGAUUAACUACAGACAAUGGAGGAUGUUUCUUAUGUGAUGCCACAGUAUUUAAUUCAACUACCACAUGGGUUCGAUUUAUUGGUGCCGGUGGAACACAGCUCGCCACUACUCCUCCACUUUCAAAUCGAUGUAGAACAUGUGCUGCUGGUUGGUAUAGAGGUUCAUUACCAGCACCAGGUAUGACUGUUAAUGGAACAGUAUGUUAUGUAUGGAAUUCUGAUAAUUGCAGUAUGCCAAAUCAAAUAAGUGCAACGAAUUGUGGUUCAUUUUAUGUAUUUGGUCUUGUUGCACCACAAGCAUGUCUUCGUCGUUACUGCACAAUAUGA